AUGGCACCUGUUCGGCGAUACCUUCGAAUCAGCAGAUACUCUGUCCUUGAAUGUCGAAUCUAUCUCGAGAAUCCAUUAGAUUCUCGGUGGCUUCUUGAUAGCCGAGACCCUGUACUCCCCCGGAUAUUCGCCGCCAUUCGUCCGUUGGUGCUACCAAAGUUACGAGAGGAAAAUGAAAGGCUGUACGCUAGGAAGAAAGGGAAGCCGGUCAAAGAUGUGAUAGCUGAAGAUGAGUUCGAGGUCGCCUUAUUCCUUCGCGAAUCUCGCACACGCCACUCACUCUUGACUCGGCACAAGACCUUUGAGGACGCCAGAGACACGACAGACAUUCCCGUGAUUCGGUCCGAAGGAGGCGGCGACAAGAUCUUAGUUGAGAGUGACAGUGAAGCUGACACCGAUCUGCGCGAUAUUCCGCAAGCGAACACAAGCGACGCCAAUGGCAAGCGCCGCCGAGGGAUGGACGCCCAGAGCGCGGGUGGACAACGCACGUCAAAGCGCCAGAAAGAAACUGAUUCGCCUCUGGAGCUUAGUGCUAAUGGCGAUGACAAGAAGCUAGGAUUCCGGACACAGUACGAAGGAUUCAAUAUCUACGGUUGGGUUCUAUGUCUGCUGGUGACGCGAAAGGGCGAUAAGGCGAGAGCACGGCCAGCCGCUUCUGAUACUUCACGUCAGGCGCUAAUGGAAGAGUGGAUUUCCACUCAAGCUCAGGGGGACUUGGACGAAGGUUGA